UUGAAAAAACUAAAAAGAAAAGAAAGACUCGUAGAGCGAAGAGAGAGAAAGGGAAGAAAAACGAGAGAGAGAGAGAGAGAGAGAGAGAGUACUUGCAGCGAUCGAGGGUGCAAUCUAAUUCUGAGAAGAGCGCGAGAAAUAUAUCUACAGAGAGAGGGAGAGAGAAUAAAAGUAAAAUUAAAAGCAGAAGCAGAGAGAGAGAGAGAGGGACAGAGAUAAGGAAGCUCGGGAGCGAAAUCGAAUAAAGAGCAAUCGAAGGAACAUACGAGGAAUCAAAGCAAGUCUCUGUAGAUGCGAACCCUGAAUCUCAAUCUAUCUUACUCACAGAAGAAGCUUGAAAAGGGUUACUGUUCUUGAAGAUGAGAUUCGUGUCUGCAUUGUCUGGUCUGCACGUGGUGGAAUUAAAUCCAGGUUCAGGUGUGUGCAGGAGGCGCUGUUGGAAAGGAAGCAAACCCUAAUUCAAUUGGCAAUAAUUGGGGUAUCUCGGUUUUGUGUUGCAAUAAGGACAAUUGGUGAUUCUGGAAGUCUUAUAUGGACCCUAUGUUUUGAGAAUGCAACCUUCACAGCAGCACUCGCGGAUCAAUCUUGCUGACUUGAAGGCACAGAUAGUGAAGAAGCUUGGCCCAGAGAGGUCAAAGCUUUACUUCCAUUAUUUGAAUGGGCUAUUGAGCCUUAAGUUAAGUAAGGGGGAAUUUGAUAAGCUAUGUUAUCGAACUCUUGGGAGGGAGAAUCUCCCUCUCCACAACCAGUUGAUACGUUCAAUUCUGAAGAAUGUUUGUCAUUCGAAGGUCCCACCAUCAGUUAACGAGAAGGAAGUCCGGAAGUCUGCUGUAACAGCUGGAAAGAAAUCUCCUCCAAGAGAAGAUGGGUAUAAGCAAAGUGGGCCCCCACCAACUCCAACUCAUUCGCCGACUCCGGUAAUUUGGUCAAAUGGGGAUGUUCCAGCAAAUGUGCCCCGAAAGGGCAUGUCUGGCAUUCGAGAAAGGAAGCUUAAAGAUCGGCCAAGUCUUCUUGGACCCAAUGGGAAGGUGGAGUUUCCUUCUCAACAAUCUAUCAAUACAGAUGAAAGCAUCAAGGUUAUCAUGGAAAAUGGGGAUUUGUAUCCAUGUGAUUUCCAGAGGCCUGUCCAUCAUCACCAGGGCCUUGCGGAGCAGCCUGAAAAUGAGCGGGAGGUUUCGCUUCAGCGUCCUAUUAAAAAACCAAGAAUAAAGAGAUCACAGGAUGAUCUGGUUUCUGUACAUAGCAAAGGUCAGCUUGAAGUAGUUGCUGUCGAAGAUGGGGAAGAGGUGGAGCAGGCCAACAUCUCCAGCUCCACUAGAAGUCCACUUACGGCUCCGCUCGGAAUUCCAUUUUGCCCCGCUAGUAUAGGUGGGGCCCGCAGGGCUCAGCCGGUGCCAAGCAGUAGUUUUGCUAGUUAUUAUGACAGUGGUGGAUUAUCUGAUACUGAUACAUUGAGGAAACGAAUGGAGCGGAUUGCAGGAACACAGGGCCUUGAAGGCGUGUCAACAGACUCUGCUAAUUUGUUAAAUAAUGGGUUGGAUGCAUAUCUGAAGCGAUUGAUCAGGUCUUGCAUUGAGCUAGUAGGAGCAAGAUCUGGACAUGAGCCAUCAGUGCAAUCUGUCUACAAGAAACAACCUCAGGGUAAAGUCAUUAAUGGCAUCUGGCUGGGUAGUCAGUCACAGAUGCAAAGUAGCAGUGGGCCUCUGGAAGGUGGCCAAGAACAGAGAAGCUGUUGUCCAAUAUCUUUGCUUGAUUUCAAAGUUGCAAUGGGGCUAAAUCCACAGCAACUCGGAGAAGACUGGCCUUUGCUACUGGAGAAAAUUUGUAUGCACUCGGUCGAGGAAUAAAACAUCCAAGGAAAACUUUUGUUUCUCCAAAGCUGUGGUUGGGUAAGCCCUACUGGUUCAAGGGGCUUAACAAUUGUUUACAGACACCAUCAAUACUGUGUCUGCGCCGUUAUGGCGUUGAACCAGAUUAGCUCCCUGCUAUGAAGUUCUGUCCCUUCCAAAAUGAACUGGGGAUUGGAGCAGGAAGUCCUUGUAAUCUCCUGCUGCAGGGCCAUACUCAACCAGGAAUACAUUUGACAGCAGCCACUCAGAAGGGUAUCUCAAAAGAAUUUACCCAUGUUUGGUUGCACUGUUGUAUGUUUGGCAUUUGUGUUGGUUGUCUUCCGCCAUCACUGCAGAUCUUGAGCUUUCUGUAAUUUACAGCAAAUGAAGAGGAAAUUAAAACCAGUUUUGCAGGAAUAUUGUUGUGUAGCAUGGUAAAAGGUAAAAUCAAAUCAUGUAAGGAUGGCAGUGUUGCGGUGUAUGUAAUAUCAAAACUGAUAAUUGAUUGGAGUCUCAAUUUUAACUACA